AUGCCCAACGGAAUCCCCUACUAUUUGUGCUCACCACCCCUUUUUCUAUCAGUUCUCUUUUGCGACGUGGCGGACUUCCACACUCUGGUCUGUGCCUUUUCACUGCCACAGGUUAGUGCAGAGUCGUAGGCGCGUAAUUUUCAGGAUUUGGUGAAGCUUUUAGACGCCCUCUUCCUGUGCUUCGACAAGUUGAGCGAGCAGUUCCAACUGGUCAAGAUCGAGACCGUCUUUGAAACAUACCUUGCUGCCGCAGGGCUUAAUGACCCCGUUUUGUGGGAUGGUGCUGCCGGACAAAUGAAUGAGGAAAGGGAUUCCUUCAGCGAACGCGAUCUCGCCAAAGUUCAGCAGGGCGCCUUCAGUGCUGUGGAGACGGCAUUGGCAAUGCUCCAGGUAACGAUGUAUAUUACAUAUGAUUCUGCCGAGAUGCCAACUAGGGCGCCAGGAGAGUCAGUUCCUUGCCAACAGAGUGCACCGCAGGAGAAUGGCCUCUCUCCAGCAGCUAACGACAUUGGUGGACAAAGGCAAACCCGCCGAGUGCAAGUUAAGAUUGGCAUUCACAGUGGAAAUGUGAUUAGUGGCGUCGUGGGCUCGCGGAAGCCACAGUACGCCCUCUUUGGCGAUACGGUCAACACCGCUUCAAGGAUGAAAAGUACCAGUGUGGCUGACGGAAUCCAUAUAAGCGGCGCAACCCACCGCCUUGUUGCCCAUGACCACCAAUUCAAGUGGAGGGAGGUCAUUGUCGACGUGAAGGGCAAAGGCCCCAUGCAGACGUACAUGCUUGACCAUGUGGUGGUCAUGCGGAGUACAUUGGACGACCCUUCAGCUCGCUGCCCUGAAUCGGGUGGGCAUGGGUGUCAGAGCUUGAGUAUCAUCAGCGACUACUCCUGCGACGGCCAGCCGAACCGCCCUGCAUGCCCACGGCAACAUUCGUGCAGCUUUUCAGACGCCCCUGCCGGAGGACCACUGGCGGCUUUGGACCACGGCGAGCCGAACGAUGGUGGCAUCACUGCAGACUUCGUUUUUCAGGCGAAAGAGUCAAUCCCAUACGACAGACGCUCAACGCUUUCGAAUGAUCGCUUUUCACGCUGGCGCGGCUAUGAGCGCAUGCAACGCAUUACGCAUGCAGUUGCCUUGGUUUUCAUGCCAGCCCAACUGGGCUCUAGUGGCAAACGCCGGAAGUGCAGUUCCUAUGGGAGGCAGCCAAACGACCGCAACAGAAGUGCUGUUUCUUCCUCGAUAGAAAAUUCCUGUCCAGAUCCUCCAGCAGGCGCUGGCCGAACGGAAAUCGAAGAACCACUUUGCAGGAAUGCAGAUGACGGGGACGAGGCAAAGCGGUCUAAACUGGCUUCAAGGUUUGCCCGCGCCUUUGGAUGGAAUGCCCACAUGAAUAUGGUGGCAUUUGUUCAUGAAUCGGUCGCCUUCCUCUCGAUGGACCGUUUGUCGCCAGCAACAUGCGAACUGUUUCAAACGCAGCGCAUGCUUGUUUGGAGCGUCAGAUCUUUCGUCGCUUGUGCUGUCCUCUUGCUUUGGCUGCUUCUUCAUUACAGGCAGAGGGCAAGUAUUUCAUGGAUGGGAAUACGCUGGCUGAUAUUUUGGCUUAAUCUGUUAUUCAUUUUCGCUGCACUGGCCUUUGUACUGACAAAUUCAAGUUCUUUAGGCAAGGAAAACGUCGCGGAUUGGCACACUGCGGACACUGUAGAGCUCUCUUUCUUCCUCACCCUGGUGCACCACAACACCGGCCUUUUGUUUCAACACGUCAUCUUUGUGGAUGCGCUUCUCAUCUCUGAGCAUGAGGACCGGCAGACGUACAUCGUGAAUCAGGAAGCGAGUGCAUUAGAGCGACGCAGUCUGGAACUGCUAAAUGACAUGCUUCCAAAGGAGCUACUUGUUGAGUUCCAAAACGACAAUUUGCGGCUUGCAUACUCCCAUGAAUCCCUGGCGUUUCUGUUCGCGGAUAUAUGCGGAUUUACGGCGUGGUCUAGGAGUGUCAGUGCGGAGCAGGUUCUUUCGCUUCUCCAACGUCUCUUCACACGAUUUGACAGAGACACCAUUGCUCUGAACCUUUACAAGCUAUGCACCAUUGGAGACGCCUACGUUGCGGUGUCUGGAUUGCAUAUCGACUCCCCAGCGCAUGAAGCAAUAGCAGGGGCGGCGCAUGAGGCUGCUACGGUGCGACACGGGAUGCCUGGAACACUAGGGCAGGCAGAUUCCUUUACAACUCCUCGAUGGCACUCUCAGUGGGAGGCUUCAUGCGGCGGAGAUGCUGGGGGAUGGCGUGCGGAGCGCCAUGAGGCAGACGAAGCGUGCCGGGUAUUGUGUAUGGCACGGCAAAUGCUUGAACAUGUACAAGCGGUAAGGGAUGAAAUGCAAAUCCCUGGGCUGAACAUGCGCAUCGGGCUGCACGUCGGCUCUUGUGUCGGAGGCGUGAUCGGGAGUAGACGUCUGCGAUACGACCUGUGGGGUCUUGAUGUACUUGUUGGAAACGACAUAGAAAGCAACGGCGUUCCAGGUCAAAUAUGCUGCUCAAAAGAAUUCAAAGUUGCUUUCCAACAAGAAGAACACAGUGAACCCCAUUGCUGCGAUCGACAUGUGGCUUUUGUAUUGCUAAAGAAAAUCCGCGUGAUUCACCGCGAGGUAACAAUCUUCACAGUUCAGAGCGCAUUCGACGCAAAUGUCUGCGGAAUUGAACGUUCCAGUUCACAGCGUGAGCAUGAGGCAUCCUCUGGCUUGGACAGCCUAUCGGGGAGUAGCACUGAGAAGCCCCUUGGAGAUUCAAGGGACUCUCUACCGUCUAAACUGCCCUUUGAGCCUUUUGAUACGUCUAGGCUCCGGUCGGCGCACUUACGAAGACGGUAUUGCCGUAUUCCUGCUUAA